GCUGCCCCCGCUGCCCGCCGGCGCCGGGUGGGGGUCCCGGCGGCUGGAUGGGCAGCGGCGGCGCGGGCCGCGGGCGGCGAUGGGCGAGGAGCAGAGCACGGUGAGCUGCGGCGGCGGGCCCCAGGAGGCGCGGGGCCCGGACGGGGGCUCCGCGGGCCACCCUGAGUCCCCGAGGCCGCGGGGGGACAGCGCCGGGGCUCCCGGGCCGCGCGGCGACUCCUCGGAGUCGAGCGGCGGCGGCUGCGGAAGCGACUCAAGCUGUGCGGACACCAGCGCCUCGGAGCCCACGAGGAGCCGGGGAGCGCCCGAGUGGAGGAAGAGCCAAGCACUGGGGCAGCCCGCGGGACUGGCACUCACCGGGCCCCUCAAUCCCCAGACUUUGCAACUGCAGCUGGAGCGGGAGGAGGAGGAGGAGGAGGAAGCUGGGGACAGAAAAGAGAGAGGGGAUGAACAGCAGGAGGCGUCCCCCAGGGAGGAGACGGAGCCCAAGACCCACGCCGUGGCUCCCGAUGGAGUGGUCUUGGACGUGCUGGGUCAGCGGCGCCUGCCCCCAGCCAAGAGACAAGUCUUUUGCUCUGUGUACUGCGUGGAGAGCGACCUGCCGGAGGUCCCCACCKCUGAGAAGCUCUCGCCGCCGGCGUCGCCACUUCGGGCUCCGCAGGUGCCCAACACCUCCAACCCCCAGUCCUCCUUCCCCAGCCCCAGGCUGUCACUCCCAGCUGACCCCCUUUCCCCCGACGGCGGCAGCAUCGAGCUGGAGUUCUACCUGGCGCCUGAGCCAUUCUCUGUGCCGGGCCUGUUAGGAGCUCCACCCUACUCUGGCCUGGGCGGGGUAGGGGAUCCCUAUGCGCCCCUCACGGUGCUGAUGUGCCGGGUGUGCCUGGAAGACAAGCCCAUCAAGCCCCUGCCCUGCUGCAAGAAGGCCGUGUGCGAUGAGUGCCUCAAAGUCUACCUGAGCUCCCAGGUACAACUUGGCCAAGUAGAAAUCAAAUGCCCUAUCACAGAGUGCUUUGAAUUCCUGGAAGAAACAACUGUUGUCUAUAACUUAACACACGAAGACUCCAUCAAGUAUAAGUACUUCUUGGAACUUGGCCGCAUUGAUUCCAGCACCAAGCCGUGUCCUCAGUGCAAGCACUUUACAACCUUUAAGAAAAAAGGACAUAUUCCCACCCCUUCAAGAUCAGAAAGCAAAUAUAAAAUCCAGUGCCCCACUUGCCAAUUCAUCUGGUGUUUCAAGUGCCACUCUCCUUGGCAUGAAGGUGUUAACUGCAAGGAGUACAAAAAAGGAGACAAACUGUUGCGUCACUGGGCCAGCGAGAUCGAGCAUGGGCAGAGGAAUGCCCAGAAGUGUCCAAAGUGCAAGAUCCACAUCCAGAGAACAGAAGGAUGUGACCACAUGACCUGUUCACAGUGUAACACUAAUUUUUGUUAUCGAUGUGGGGAGAGAUACCGCCAACUCCGGUUUUUUGGAGACCACACAUCAAACCUCAGUAUAUUUGGAUGCAAAUAUCGCUACCUCCCAGAGAGACCUCAUUUAAGGAGAUUAGUGAGAGGGUCAGUCUGUGCUGGAAAAUUAUUCGUUGCACCUCUAAUCCUGGUCCUSGGAUUAGCACUAGGGGCCAUAGCAGUUGUAAUCGGUUUAUUUGUAUUUCCUAUCUAUUGCCUUUGUAAGAAACAGAGAAAGCGAUCAAGGACAGGUAUGCAUUGGUAAAAUGCAGGUGAUCUCACCCCACUAAGCUGGUCCCAGGAGGAGCUGUGCAAGAUGGCACACCAUCUGUGAGUUCUACCCUGAAAACACUGCGAGGAACCUUCUGCAUCUCGUCUCCCCAUGGCUCUCUGCAAGCCACAAUGCCUCUGGCUACCGGUGCACUCCCAAUAUGGUAUCCUGUCCUUACCCUAAACAAAUUGCU